AUGGCAACUCCCAACAUCAAAUUCGGUAGCCCCGUCAUCUUCUUCGAUUCACAUCCCGAGCAACAAGCCGGCUAUAUCGCAUCCUGGGCAUAUGCUUUCCGCGACCACUUGAAGAUUGCCUGGACUGGUGAUGUGCCCAAGAGGUUGUUCCCCGGUACUCUGCGACUAGUCUGGUGGACCACCGACGGCGUCAAAGGCAUCCGCGACUUUGAACUCCAUCAAUCCGAACUCAUCAAAUCGCUCUGGGACUCUCUCCUCGACAAUCCUGACGUAUCUCGCGCCCUCGUAACUGGCUACUCUGGUCAAAAUCCCUACAUCCUCAGCUACGGCGACAACCCAUGGCUCACAAAAGAGCAAAAAGAAAAGCUUGUCCGCCGUCAAAAUGACGAGAUGUGGGCAAAGAAGUCUGCUAGAAGAGUCGAGACAAGAAGCAAACAAGACAGAUUCGAGGAUGAAAAGGAGGCUGUCAGGAGGAAGGAGCAGAUUCUGGAGCACAUUGAUGAGGUUAUUCAGAGUAAUGAGGAUGCGGAGAAGCAGAGGCUUUUGGACGUGGAUAGAGAGGAUGUUUGA